AUCAUUGAAACAUCAACCGUCAAGUACGUCAAAAAAAUGUUCAGACCUGUCAGGUGGCUUUCCCAAAACCUCAAGUCAUUUCCAUUUAUCCAGUCCUUUCAGCAACAUUCGCGGUACUCAGCGUCUCAGACAGUCUACUUGGCGAAAUACGGUGUGAAAAAUAUGCCUCACAGAUAUCCGGAAGCUCGUCGGGAUUCCUCGAAUGUUGAGGAGUUUUUCGGCAGGAAGAUCACUGACCAUUACAGAUGGCUUGAGGAUCCGGAUGCAGCCGAAACUGAGGCUUUUGUAAAGGCCCAGAAUGAGAUUGCACAGCCCUUCCUCGAGAAUAACGACGAAUGGAAGGUGAUCAAUGAGAAAUUGACAAAAUUGUGGAACUAUCCCAAGUACAACUGCCCCAUGAAGUAUGGGAACAGGUACUUUUUCUCCCACAAUUCAGGCCUCCAAAACCAGAAUGUCCUGUACACAGUGGACACUCUGGAUGGGGAACCAAGAGUCUUUCUGGAUCCCAAUACACUCUCAGAGGACGGAACCGUGGCCCUCAGUGGCUCAUCCUUCUCCGAUGAUGGCAAAUAUUUUGCCUACGGACUGAGUGAGAGUGGAUCCGAUUGGAUCAAGAUCAAAUUCAGAAAUGUUGAGACUGGUGAGGACUUUCCCGAAGUCCUGGAGAAAGUUAAGUUCUCGUCAAUGGCGUGGACAAAGGACUGCAAGGGCAUCUUCUACGGCAGAUACCCAACUCAAGAGGGAAAAACCGAUGGAUCAGAGACGCUCAUGAAUGAAAACCAGAAACUCUACUACCAUCGUGUUGGGCAGCCCCAGUCAGAAGAUGUCCUCGUGGCAGAAUUCCCAGAGAAUCCUUCCUACAGAAUUGGUGCCGAAGUGUCUGAUUGCGGUAAAUACUUGGUGCUGUCAAUUGUGAAAGACUGCCGGGACAAUUUAGUGUACUAUGCGGAUCUGGAGAGUGCCGGUACUAUCAGUGGGAAGUUGCCCCUGACGCAGAUCAUUCAUAAAUUUGAGUCUGACUACGAUUAUGUGACCAAUACUGGCUCCAAAUUCGUCUUCCUGACCAACAAAAAUGCUCCCAAUUACCAUCUCGUUUGCAUUGACUUUGAUGAUCCGGCGCCGGAGAAAUGGCAAAUUCUGGUGAAGGAACAUGAGACAGAUGUCCUGAAUUGGGUUGAAUGUGUCCAUGAGAAUAAAUUAAUCUUGGGCUAUAUUCACGAUGUGAAGACGCAAUUGCAAGUGAAUUCACUGGAGACGGGAGAACUCAUUAGGCGCUUCCCUUUGGACAUUGGAACGAUUGUUGGGUGCUUCGGGAGAAAGAGUUCAUCAGAAAUUUUCUACCAAUUUGUGUCAUUCUUGACGCCUGGAGUAAUCUAUCACUAUGACUUUGCGGACGAGAGCAGAGAACCGAAGGUCUUCCGGGAAUGCAAGAUUCAAUUGGAGGGUUUCCGGGCUGAAGAUUAUAACAUCGAACAGGUAUUCUAUCCAAGUCGAGAUGGCACAAAGAUUCCCAUGUUUAUCGUGCGGAAGGCUACGGAGAAGAAAGAACCGCGUCCGUGUCUCCAAUAUGGCUACGGUGGCUUCAAUAUCAGUAUUCAGCCCACUUUCAGUAUCACGGGACUUAUGUUUGUGGAAUAUUUCCAAGGGGUUCUUGCCUUUCCCAAUAUCCGCGGCGGUGGCGAAUAUGGUGAGAAGUGGCACAAUGCUGGACGUCUGCUCAACAAACAGAACGUCUUUGAUGACUUCCAGGCAGCUGCUGAAUACCUCACGGCCAAUGGGUACACCACAAAGGCUCAAUUGGCCAUUCAAGGUGGCUCAAAUGGAGGUCUCCUUGUUGGAGCUUGCUUACUGCAACGGCCAGAUCUAUUUGGGGCUGCAGUAGCUCAAGUUGGCGUCCUGGAUAUGCUGCGUUUCCAUAAAUUUACCAUUGGACACGCUUGGACCAGUGACUAUGGGAAUCCGGAUGAGAAGGAGCACUUUGAGAAUCUCAUCAAAUAUUCACCGUUGCACAAUGUGGUCACACCAGGCGAUGCACAGCAUCAGUAUCCGGCCACGCUCAUUCUCACAGCAGAUCACGAUGAUCGCGUGAGUCCACUGCACAGUCUCAAAUUCGCUGCCACAAUUCAGCAUGCCGUCAAGGAGUGCCAAUGGCAAACCAAUCCCAUCCUGUUGCGCGUUUACAGCAAAGCAGGCCACGGAGCGGGGAAACCAACUACCAAGAAGAUCGAGGAAGUUACGGACAUCCUUACGUUCCUCAGUAAGAGUUUCCAGGCUGCCCAGUGUUAGAGGAUUGAAUGGAGGAGGUACUGAGGUGGAGGGAUGAGUCAGCAUUUCAUCCAUUCUCUCACAAUUCGUGAGUGAAAAUUGCCAUAAAAAAAGUCUCGUAAAUUUUGUAUCAAUUGAAUAAAGAAUUCUUGCAUAUGAAAGUAAUAAUAAAUAAAAAACAGUGAAAAUACAAA